AUGCAGCAUUCGAAACUUACACGGUUUUGCAAACAGCGCUGUCCCGCCGGGACUUUCCAUGCUGACGGCGCUACCGUAUGCACGAAAUGCCAGAGGGGAGAGUACCAAGAUGGAACAGGGCAGGACGGCUGUAAUAAAUGCCCGGCCCAUUUGACUACAGCCCGCGAAGGGACGAGCCUCGAAAAGAAUUGUAUACCCCGCUGUCCGAAGGGCCAUUUCUACGAUGCAGAGGCCCGGAUUUGCGAGAUGUGCGGAUUGCGAGGGUACCAGAAUGGCGAAGGCUCAGAUUCAUGCCAGCCCUGCCCCGAGGGCUACGUGCCGCUAUAUAAAAAUUCGACCUCAAUUGACCAUUGCUUGGAAAACUGCCCGCCAGGCUCUGAGCGAGGCGAAGACCAGAACUGCCGAAAAUGCCCGAUUGGCUCGUUUAAGUCGCCAGCCGAGCCGAUGUGCAUGCAUUGCCCGAAGGGCACAACUACGCCGCACGCGGGCGCUACCGUUCUCCAGGACUGCCGCAUUGAAAUAUGCAAAUCCGGCCAAUAUCUCGACUUGGAAACAGGAAAGUGCUUGGAAUGCGGGCUGGGCGAAUACUCGGAUAUUGAUGAUGCUAGAAGCUGCAAAAAAUGCCCAGAUGGUUCAACGACUUAUAAGAAAGGCUCCAACUCGGCCUCGAAUUGCUUGUCAACAAAUCAAUGCGUUUCGGGGGCACACAAAUGCCAUUGGUUGGCCGUCUGCAUCGAUUUGCCUGAUGAGGAGGGGACCGCCAGGUACGCCUGCAAAUGUCGCCCGGGUUUUAUCGGAAAUGGCUUCAAUUGCGCUGACGCCUGCCACGGCCUUUGCGAGAACGACGCGGAGUGCCUAAAGACGAGCGAUGGGCGCACGAAAUGCUUGUGUCGGGCCGGAUAUAUUGGAAAGCGUUGCGAGAAGCACCUAUUUACGCUA